ACAGCCGGUGUGGUGCGUUUAACAGCAGCUCGGCGUCCCGCGCCUCGGGUCCCCUUCCUCCGAUCAUUCCUGAUUCUUCUCUUUUUUCCUGUUUUUUGCUCCUUUCUUUUCUGAAGCCUGCUCAUAGAAAUGUCCGCCAGACCAGGAUUCUACCGUCAGGAGCUGAACAAGACCGUGUGGGAGGUUCCGGAACGGUACCAGAACCUGACACCGGUGGGCUCUGGUGCCUACGGCUCGGUGUGCUCUGCGUAUGAUGUUGUCCUACGACAGAAGGUUGCGGUGAAGAAACUGUCCAGGCCUUUUCAGUCUCUGAUCCACAGCAGGCGCUCAUACCGGGAACUGAGGCUGCUUAAGCAUAUGAAACAUGAGAAUGUAAUAGGACUCCUGGAUGUCUUCACACCUGCUGCAAAACUAGAAGACUUCAACGAACUCUACCUGGUGACUAACCUGAUGGGCGCAGACCUCAAUAACAUUGUUAAAUUCCAGAGGCUUUCAGAUGAGCACGUUCAGUUCUUAAUUUAUCAGCUCCUGCGUGGCCUCAAGUACAUCCAUUCAGCCGGAUUGAUCCACAGAGACCUCAAGCCAAGUAAUGUGGCAGUGAACGAGGACUGUGAGCUGAGGAUCCUUGACUUUGGAUUGGCCAGACAGACAGAUGAUGAGAUGACGGGGUAUGUUGCGACUCGCUGGUACAGAGCGCCAGAGAUCAUGCUGAACUGGAUGCACUAUAAUCAAAAUGUUGACAUUUGGUCCGUGGGUUGCAUCAUGGGAGAGCUGCUGAAAGGAAAAGUCCUUUUUCCUGGCACUGACUAUAUUGACCAACUCAAAAGAAUCAUGGAGAUGGUCGGGACUCCGACGCCUGAUCUGCUGAAGAAGAUCUGCUCUGAACACGCACAGAAGUACAUCCAGUCUCUGCCCUUUAUGCCCCAACAGGACCUGGAAAAGAUCUUCAGAGAAGCGAAUCCCUUAGCUGUGGAUCUUUUAAAGCGCAUGCUGGUUCUGGACUGCGAUGGGAGGAUUUCGGCGAGUGAGGCCCUGUCCCAUCCGUACUUCUCACAGUACCAUGAUCCAGACGACGAGCCAGAGGCCCCGCCUUAUGACCAAACACUGGAGAGUAAAGAUAGAACUCUCGAAGAAUGGAAAGAGUUGGUAUUUGAAGAGGUGAACAGCUUCAAAGCAUCUGGCAGCAAGACUGAUAGCCUUCAGGUGGAGCAGUAAGCCUUUCGCUGCUCAGCCUCAAACUCUUCCAAAAGAAGGACAACGUACUCAAAAAGCAGGAGAAGGAGUGAUGGGAGAAAACUUGAGAAAACUCUGCUUUGUGUUUGAUUGCCUGCUUCGAAUUUAUCAGAACAGCAGGGCAGGAUGGUCUUCACAAAAUCAGAUGCACACAUUACAAGUACAGGGAAGAUUUUAGAACCUAUAGAAGGAGCUCUCAAGUCCAGUAAGUUGCUUCCUCUUGUGUUUCCGCUCAGCGAGGAAUAGAUGAGGAACUGUUCAUCGUGGCUACGAGAUGGAUCGCGGAUCUGACGGCUCAUACGAGGCAGCAACUUUACAGAACUGAGCAGUGUUUACAGACCGAAAGAAAGAUGUGUAUGGAAGAAAACAAUGCACACUAGGAUUUCCAAAGCAAGACAGAGCACCAUCUGGUCCCUCAUCAUGACAAAUGUCAUAAGCAGUUACUGCUGUCAUAUAUGAAAUUCAUGUUUAAAAGCUUGCAGCAUCAUUAUGUCAUAGCACAUAGCACAGCUUAGCAUUAAGCCUGCAUACUACUGCAUGAUUUAUGUGCAUUUUAUUAUUACAAAAUAUUACAGGUGCUGUACAUUAAGAGUGCUUAUUGCAUCUGACACUCAGCUGUUAAACCAGUCUGGGGGUCAGAAAGAAGCAUUGUGACCAACUUUCAACUAUUUAAUCCUCAUCAUUUCUUCACAGUGAAAAAUAAUGAUGCAUAAUCAAUGAAAAAUUCUUGUUCCUCCUCAUAUAAGCGUCAUCCCCUCCUUCUUGCAGAAUAGUAAACACCAACUGUGCUAUUAAUUAGCAAGGUAAUUAAUAUAUGCCAAAGCUGGAACAGAGUGACUGUGCUGCAGGUCUGUGUUUACAGAGUAACCUCGCUUCCUAUAUACAGUUUCCACAGAUGACUGAUUUCCGAUCACCCGUUUGUUUGCAAAGCUAUAUCAGGUGUCCAUUCUUCUCUGAGGUGUCUUUUUGCAGACGCCCUUUGUGUUUACAAUAACUAAAACUAGAGGCAUUUUGUUAACUCUAAGGUACAGUUUCAUGCAAGCAAAGACUAACCAAACACAUUCCAGGCUGAUGAUUUUCAUAAAGCAGCCAUAUUUGGCUGAUUGUGGCAACUAGGGAGUGAUCUUCCAUAAAUCCUCUGAUACUUCAUUGUCUCAGAAACACUAUUCACAUUGUGCAAAUCCAUUUGCAUAAGGGAUGUUCCCAACUUUACCUUGUUUGUGGAUGUUUCAGCAAUUCUGCAGUUCUGUCCUACUGCAACAUAAUAUUAACCAGCCUAAGGAAUGCCCCUACUUGUAUCAUUGAAGCAGCAUGAGAUCAAUAUGCAUAUCACUGCAACAAAUGGCCGACUUCCUCACUGCCAUUGUGUCAUUCAUCUUGCAGCACACCCGAGUUUUAGUUCUACUAACUUUUUGCUGAGGCAGAAAUAGUCCGGUUGUGUUGAACCACAGUGUGCACAGUCAAGCAAAAUCAGAGAUUUCACAACUGGAAAGAAUGCUGGAAAGAAAGUUGGAAAAUGGAGUGAAAUGUCAAGAAGCAAAAAAGGAUCAAUUUGUGUUUUAUAAAGUAGGCUAAUUUGAUGCUGAAUGGACAUUUCUGUCUUGCAUUGAAAGCAUCUGAUAGGUGGUAGGAUCAUUGAAUUAAUGACUGUGAAAUGAAAGCAUCAAACUUCUUAAUUAAUUUGCAAAACUGUGUUUAAUGCAGCAUGAAACUCCUGGCAACAGCAGUAUGAGGGAAAUACUAAAUGGUAGAACUUUAAGCUAGCUAAGCAUUUAAAGUAACGGUAGGGAUAAAUGCUUUCUGAGGAGCCUGUUGCAUUUCUUUAAAGCUGCUGUUGGUAGAAAUGGUGUAAAAAAUGUUCCUUUUUUUCUGCUGGGUUUGGAGUAAAGGUCAUAACACCCAUCAGUACUCAUCAGUAAGUUGAGUAAUUUGAGACUGUUGUGAAAUCUCUGCGUUUUCCAAUGCCUUUGUAUCAAGCAAUGUUAUUAUUCCCCUCGUCCCCGUUAUGACGGACCAAUCAUAGCUCAUCUCCAACCCUCUGUCCUGAUUGGUUAAGGGGUGGCCCCUACUACCGGCACUAACAUGACUGCACACGCCGAUCUGUGUUGAGGGGGCUAAGAGGAAAUCUGGUUGGUAGGGAUAGUGUUGACAUUGAAAGUCCCUCUCUGUGAACAGAUGUUUACUCUGUGACUACCAACAGCAGCUUUAAGAGAGCAACUUAAAAGAACAGCUGAGCCUUUUUCCCCCUGACUAGUUCAUUCUUACUACAAACACAAGGAGCAGUGGAGAUUUUUUUCUUCUUCUAUUGUUAAUUAACAGUUGUCAACCCAGCUUACAGGCACAUUUCUGCCACCAGCUGGGCCAGGGUGGGACAAAAGGAGUCACUUAAGAGCUUUCUGGUGUGCAACUUUGGCAUGACUCACAAAGACUAGUUGAAAUGAAUCAUCUGAUCCCAGUCAAAACACUGCUAAUACAAGCUAGCUUUGACUUAAGCCUAGCUAGCUGGUUUGAAAUCUAAAUAAUGAUGUAAGUAUAACUUCACAAUGGAGUACAUCGCACAUGGUUGGUACUCAAGCUCAUGUGACUGGUAAAUUGAUGCAGAUAUGAAAGCAAUGAAAUGAGUAGUAAGGUUCUGCAUUUGUCACAUAUACUGGUUUCUGCUCUGUACGAAAAGAGCUACACAUUUUUACUGACUUGUAGACGGGAACCAUAUCAGUAUAUUUCUGGAUAAAAGUAAUAAUUGUAAGUGUAUAGCACUUAUAUUUGUCUUUGUACUGUGUUAGUUUGCUCAAUUGACGGACAACAACACAUUUUUUUUCGUUAGCUAAAAUUUUAAGCUAGCAGUGAGAUGCGGCUAACUUGCUACCUUGCAAGUUCAACUACUGUUUCUUCACAUUGAAUUCAACCAACAGAGUAUUUCUGCCUCUUAGAAGCAUAUGUGAUACUUAAAGAUUUAGAAAUUAAAAAAUACUGCAAAGGAAACCAACUAUUAGCUUAGCUCUUUUCUUUCUUGUAAAAGUUCACACUGGAGUUCUACAUGUAGCCUUUUGUGAGAGUUGUCCAUUAACCCUGAAUGCAAAAUGUUCAAAUCACAGUCCAAAUAAAUCGAACGUGUCUGUCUCAUUCAAUGGGUGUUCAAGCUCUGAAUGUUAGUGUAAUGUGCUUAUGUGGAUGUUGUUUAUGUGGUUGACUUGAAUAGCAAACUGCAAAUGGAAUGUAUAUGUAUAAUGUAUGUAUGUAUGUUACAAGUUAGAAGUGUCUCGAAUACCUGGUGGCAUGUGAUUUAACAGUGGUCACAAGAUUCAAAUCACUCAACAGAAUGUCAGCUCUCCAUUUUCCAAUGAUUCUGAUGAUUUUCUCAUUCACCAUCAACGGGUAACACGACUUAGCAAGUCUUGGCUUUGACUGAAUAAAUACCAUCAUUUCUGUU